AUGCAUAUUACUGAAAAACUGGAUAAAUAUCAUGAGACGUCAAAUAAAAUAACGUUUUCUUUUGAAUAUUUUGUUCCAAAGACCACUCAGGGUGUACAAAAUUUAUAUGAUAGAAUGGACAGAAUGUAUGAGGCAUCCCUACCUCAAUUCAUUGACAUAACUUGGAAUGCAGGUGGAGGUCGUCUAUCUCAGAUGUCAACAGAGUUAGUAGCGACUUCUCAAUCGGUUCUAGGGUUGGAAACAUGCAUGCAUUUGACCUGUACCAAUAUGCCUUUACAACAGAUAGAUGAUGCUUUAGAAAGUGCUUACAACUCUGGUUGUCAGAAUAUUCUGGCUUUAAGAGGUGAUCCACCCCGUGAUUCACAAGAAUGGACUCCAGUUGAAGGUGGAUUCCACUAUGCAAAAGAUUUGGUUUCUUAUAUCAAAAAAAAAUAUGGGAACCAUUUCCAAAUUGGUGUUGCUGGUUAUCCAGAAGGUCAUCCUGAAGAAACAAUUUCGUCAAAUAACUUGAAAUUUUUAAAGGAAAAAGUCGACGCAGGUGCAAAUUUUAUUAUCACCCAAAUGUUUUAUGAUACUGACAACUUCAUUCAGUGGUGUAAAGAGGUUAGAGCAUAUGGUAUCGAUGUACCAAUCAUUCCAGGUAUUAUGCCGAUCACCACUUAUGCUGCCUUUUUAAGAAGAGCUUCCUGGGGAUCCAUCUCCAUCCCAGAAGAAUUCAUGACUCGUCUGGAGCCAAUCAAAGAUGAUGAUGAAUUAGUAAGAGAAGUGGGUACACAACUGGUAGUAAAAAUGUGUCAAAAAUUAAUCGAUAGUGGUUACAUUAAUCAUUUACAUUUGUAUACAAUGAAUCUAGAAAAGGCUCCUUUGAUGAUCUUAGAAAGAUUGGGUCUGUUACCAACCGAAGGUGAAGUUAUCAGUCAAAAUGCUUCUAAUUUCCCUUGGAGAAAAUCACUAAAUCCAAGUCGUAAGAAUGAAGUAGUUAGACCAAUCUUCUGGAAACAUAGACCGUACUCCUAUGUAGCAAGAACUUCUCAAUGGGCAGUUGACGAAUUUCCAAAUGGUAGAUUCGGUGAUUCCUCAUCUCCUGCGUUUGGUGGUCUAGACCUUUGUGGUUCUCAGUUGAUCAGACAAUCUCCUAAAAAAUCUUUAGAGUUGUGGUCAACUCCAAAAACUUUUAAUGAUAUUGCUCUUUUAAUUAACAGCUAUUUGACUGGCAAAUUAGUGUGCUUACCAUGGAGUGAUAUACCAUUAAACCAUGAGGUCGAUUCAAUGUUACAUAAUCUAUUACACUUAAAUAACAAGUUGAUAUUCACAAUUAACUCACAACCCCAAAUUAAUGGUAUUAGAUCAAACGAUAAAAUUCAUGGUUGGGGACCUAAAGAUGGUUAUGUUUACCAGAAACAAUACUUAGAAUUUCUUUUACCAAAGGUAAAGUUACCUAAUUUAGAGAAAUCUUUAGAAGGUAAUGAAAUGAUGACAUAUUUUGCUGUAGACCUGAAUGGAAAUUUGACUUCAAAUCAUCCAGAUGGAUCAAGAGCAAAUGCAGUAACCUGGGGGAUAUUUCCUGGCAGAGAAGUUUUACAGCCAACAAUUGUGGAAAAAGUUUCAUUCUUAGCUUGGAAAGAAGAAUUCUACCGUAUUAUUGAAGAAUGGAAACUAACUCUAAAAGAUUAUAAUGCCCUUGAAAGUGUUGCAUUGUUAGACUCUUUGGCACAUGAUUAUGUUUUAGUUAACAUUGUAGAUAACGAUUUUGUUUCAGAAGAAGACAAAAUAUAUGAAUUAUUAAUCAAUUUAUAA